UGUCCCCUCCAAUCGCCACCUCACCAGAAGUUUUAUGGUACAUGUGACAUUAUGCUUCGACAUAUUGGAGUCAAUGUUGAUUGGUUACUCCGCAAGACACUGCCUGGUUGUUGAUCCCCUGUCAACGUGGAUAUUUAACCGAGUAAUUUUUCAAAAAAAAUGAUGUAAUUAGAAAGUCUCGAGGAGCAGAAGGAUCACUCAACUUUAGUAAGACUGAGAGAUUUGUGACAAAAUGAAUAAGCAUCAGAACACCAAUGCCCAGACGCUGAAGUACAUCAGCUUGGUCACUCUGACGCUACAAAAUGCAUUGGUGGGUCUCAGCAUGCGAUACGCCAGGACCAGAUCUGGUGAUAUGUUCCUCGCAUCCACUGCUGUGGUAAUGUCAGAAGUUGUGAAGUGUGUCACAUGCCUCGUCAUAGUGUUUUUCGAAGAAGGGAGUCUACGAAAAUUCAUCAAUGUGCUGCAUUCGACGAUUGUAAAAGAACCACUUGAUACUCUCAAAGUUUGUGUACCUUCGUUCGUUUAUUUAGUGCAAAACAAUCUUCUGUACCUGUCAGCAUCGAAUUUAGAUGCAGCAACCUACCAGGUAACUUAUCAGUUGAAAAUCUUGACAACAGCCUUCUUCGCUGUCGUAAUUCUCCGGAGAUCUCUUCUGAGAAUUCAAUGGAGUGCAUUAAUCGUACUGCUGAUAGGAGUUGUCCUCGUUCAGUUGGCCGACAGUGGUCCCACCAAGGUUGCAUCUGGAAUCGAGCAGAAUCGUAUUCUGGGCUUCUCAGCAGCGCUGAUAGCCUGUUUUCUCUCGGGUUUUGCCGGAAUAUAUUUCGAAAAAAUCCUCAAAGGUUCUGACAUCUCCCUUUGGAUGAGAAACGUACAGUUGAGUUUAUUGUCAGUGCCAAUUGGAUUAAUCAGUUGUUGCGUGACAGAUCGUGAUGUUAUAGUGAAGCAGGGCUUUUUCUUUGGCUAUGACUGGUUCGUCACUUAUUUGGUUGUCCUACAAGCAGGUGGUGGACUUAUUGUCGCAAUGGUAGUCAAACACGCUGAUAACAUACUCAAAGGUUUCGCCACAUCUCUAGCUAUCAUUAUCUCCUGCAUUGCGUCAAUUUAUUUGUUCAAUUUUAAACUCACAUUUCAAUUUGCAUCGGGCGCUGUGCUCGUUAUUUGCUCUAUUUUCAUGUACAGUCAUCAGCCUAAGCCAAAACAAAUCAUUGAUAGGCAUACGUUGUUGGAGAAAAUUUGAGAUGAAUAAUUCUGUUUAUUUGAGGGAAAUUUUAUAUUUGUUAAUCAACUACGAAAGUAUGGUAUUACAAGACGUUGAGGAGAUAGACAAGAGAUGAAAGAAAAUUUAUAAUAUUUUAUUAAGACAUGCGGUGCAGUGAAAUUUAAUGUUUUAUUGUGGAGGUUGAAAUUUCACAGUGUAAUAUUUUUAUACGAGUGAGUGAAUGGGCCAUCUGUGUGAGAAUAAUUAUGGUUUUAGGUCCGCGUAUUUCUGGUGUUCAUUCCAAUGGGUCUUAGGCUCGAUUACAUGGGACAUUCCAUUCAACUUAGUUAUCUCAAUAUUUUAUAUUCAAUAAUGGGUUAUUGGCGUAAACGCGGGACUUAUUCGUUUGCAUAAUAAUGAGAUAAAUAAGUUGUCACAGGCAUUAUGUACCCGACUAUUUUUCACAGACUUUUAGACUAGAAUUCGUGUAUAAUAAUUAUUGAAAAAUGGUAUAUUCCGAGGGGGAAAAAUUUUUAUCAUUUCCAUUUCUUAUUUAGUUUAUUUGCCAAUUCCUCGGAGCAAUCGACUGACUGAAUGACGAGGGGAUUCUACAUCGUGAACCUCUGAUGACGUGUACUCAAUAGUUACUAGGUAUUCACCCAAAUUUAGACUUAAAACCCAAAGUAUUAAAAUUGUAAAAAUAAUGAUUCAUUGCUGUAUCAUUUCGAUCAGAAAUUCAACAGUUUCGGUGACUUAUUGGAGAUGGAAUGUCCCACACACUAUCACGAUUGCACUUAAGAUUAAUUUUGUAUGAACUAUUGAAGGCAUUGAAUAAAAUCACAUUUCCUUUCA